AUGGCUUAUGCAGAAGAUAAGGAAAUAUCCGAUUUAGACGAGACAUUUGAAAGGGCGGCUGAUCAUCUUCAGUCUUUAGCUUCGCAAUUAGAUUCUGGUCAACUUUUAGGAUUUUAUGGUCUCUACAAACAAGCUACAGUAGGACCCUGUGACACGCCUAGACCCAGUUGGUAUCAAACUCAGGCUAAACAUAAAUGGGAAGCAUGGAAGGCACUUGGUGACAUGAGCAAAGAAGUUGCAAUGGGAAGUUACAUAAGAGCGGUAGGAAAGUUAGAUCCCACAUGGGAAAAAGAUGCUAGAUUGGGAUCUCAAGCUUGGGUUGCCGUUAGCCGUUUACCCAACACUGAUGUAGAACUCAGAGAUAUUGACAAGACUUUACUAGAUUGGGUCAAAGACGGUGAUGCAGAUAAAGUUAAAGACUUUAUAUCCAAGGAUCCAAAAUCUAUAAAUAUUUCUGACGACUGUGGCAUGUUGCCGAUACAUUGGGCUUCUGAUCGUGGCAAUAUGCCGACGAUAAAAUGUCUCGCCGAAAACGGAGCGGAUUUAAACGCCCGCGAUAGUGACGGUCAAACUGCCCUACAUUAUGCCGCUUCCUGCGGACACGCGGAAGUUGUAAAAUACCUUCUAUUUCUAGGCGCUGAAUGCGUAAAAGACAACGAUGGCAUGACGCCUAAAGAUGUUGCGGAUGAGCAAAUAGCGGCCUUGCUUUGACAUUUGUGUAAUAAUCCUUAUGUACUUUAUGUCUGUAUUCAAUUGUAACAAUAAAUGAUAAUAGUAGUCCAA